CUGUAAACAGAGCUGACUAGCACAAUAUCUACACAUGCUAUAAUCUGUCUGACUCAGACAGGCAUCCCAUACAGCAGAGAUACAUAUUCAUUUACACAUUCCUAUAGGCCUGCAGUGGUGUAAACACAGACAGACAGACAGACAGACAGACACACACACACACACACACACAGCGACAGGUGCUCUCCUGGGAAAGAGCAGGAGCUCAACUAGCAGGUACAGUAUAUCUUCCUGAGUUGUUUUCCACACACUGCAGCUUCCUCUAUAAAGCAGAUGUUUUUCUCCCAGUCUGUUAGUCUCUGUAUUUGUCAUGUUGAAACCAGACCACUGGGACCAGGGCUGCCGAUCCAAUCAGUGGAACAGAAGAGGUGGAUGUUAGCUAACACAUACUGUUGUCGCAGCUGAACACGGACACGAUCAAAACAAAAGGCCAUCGUCACACAUCACCUUUGUCGUACAUGAAAGCCAACGGUGCGUGCCUGGUCUCCAUGGUAACGAGGUGUGCCAGAGCGAGACAGAGAGAAUCAAAGCGAGACAGAGCUGCUCUACUCUUUCAUCUCGGGGCCUUUGUGACAUCAGCAUCAGACAGGCCACUUUCCUAAUUGUGUGUGUGUGUGUGUUCCUGUGCGUGUCCUCGGUGCAGAUGUGGAUGAGUGUGUGGAGGGCCAGCAGCAACAGCUGCCAGCAGACCUGCGUCAACACCUUGGGCUCGUUCCGCUGCUCUUGCCCCUACGGACACACCCUGGCCGGGGACGGAAGGGCCUGUGUGGCUGAGUGUCCAGCAGGCUACAGGAAACAACCCUUAACCCCGAUACCCGGAGGAAACCUGGCCAGAAGGGAGUGUGUAGACAUCAAUGAAUGUGAGGAGCCAGAGGUCAGUGUACCUGGACACCGGUGUCAGUGGAAGUGUGUGAACCUGCCUGGCUCCCACCGCUGUAUCUGUCCCAGAGGCUACAAACUGUCCUCAGACAGACACCACUGCAGAGAUAUCAACGAGUGCAGCCGUAAGAAUGGUGGCUGCUCUCACCUGUGCCUGAACCAUAAAGGAAGUUACCAGUGUUCCUGUCCUGCCUCUCACCGCCUCUCCCCCUACAGUAGGAAGAAGUGUCAGCCAAGGAAAGAACUGCAGAGUAAUGUGUAGCAGAGAUAGUGUGGAGAUCAUUUAAAUAGAAAUGUCAUUUAUUCCAUUGCUUCUACCAUCCCUCUGUUCAGCCCUUGAACAAUGACUUCUACAAUUGAAUUUACAUUUUGUCAGGCCUCAGAUGUAUUUUUGUCAAAUCAUUACUGAGAACAGUAUAAAAACUAUUAAAAUAUUAUUGUCACAUCCAGAACAUAUCUGUAACAUUGAUAGAGGCUUGGACUGCAUAUUACAGACAUAUAGCUGAAGAGAAACCAGAAGAACACGUUAUUAGUUUAGGGAUUUAAUUGAUGGCAUUUAAAUAUAUUUCCCUCAAAUGAUUACAUGUUGUUUUACAAGGUAGUGUGAAUGAAUGAGUGAAAACAUAAUGAAAACAUGGUGGUAGACACUGUGAUAAUUGAUUAGUAGAAUUGAUCCCCUCGAUGUUCUCAACUGCAGACGUAUAACAUGGUCAUGUCCAUAGGAAUAUCAAAUGUCAUUUUUUGGAUUAAAAGUGACAGUAUUAAUUGUACUUUAGUCUGUUAUAUAAAACAGUCGUAGUACUUUGUUAAAAAUACAUUAUUUCUAUGUAUCCACUAUAUUUAUAGUCUCUUUUUAAAUAUAUAAAAUAAAGUUAGACACAAAAACAGAACUGUUUCAGCCUCAGGCGUCCUUCACUGCAGAACAGAUUCUCCCUUCCCUUAUGGUCUCAACUGGACGCCUGCUGGGAUGCUAAUGUCUAACACACAGUGUUGUACUGAAUGACUAUGGCGAAAAGGCUGAAAUAUGGCAUGAACCACUGCAGAACAGAUUCUCCCUUCCCUUAUGGUCUCAACUGGACGCCUGCUGGGAUGCUAAUGUCUAACACACAGUGUUGUACUGAAUGACUAUGGCGAAAAGGCUGAAAUAUGGCAUGAACCACUGCAGAACAGA